AUGAGCUGGGCUUGGAAGGCUGGAAGAGCCUGGAGUCGACGAUGCCUGGCCCCAGGGCUCGCUCGCCUGGAGGAUCCGCGCUUCUCCCGCCGGGCCUUUGCGUCGCAGGCGGCCAAGCUGACGGCCAAGGAGCUCGAAGCGCGCAUCGCGGCCAUACCAAUCGAGCGGUAUAGGAACUUUUGCAUCGUCGCGCAUAUCGACCAUGGCAAAAGCACCUUGAGCGACAGGCUACUGGAGCUGACGGGGACGAUUUCAAAGAGCGAUGCGAACAAGCAGAUUCUUGAUAAGCUCGAUGUGGAGCGCGAGCGCGGCAUCACUGUCAAGGCGCAGACGUGCACCAUGAUUCACAGGCACCGCGACAAGGAUUACCUGCUGCAUCUCGUCGACACGCCGGGCCACGUCGACUUCCGCGCCGAGGUCACGCGCUCCUACGCCAGCUGCGGCGGCGCCCUGCUGCUCAUCGACGCCAGCCAGGGCAUCCAGGCCCAGACCGUGUCCAACUUCCACCUCGCCUUUGCCCAGGACCUGGCCCUCGUGCCCGUCAUCAACAAGAUCGACAUGGAAUCGGCAGACGUACCCAGGGUGCUGGAUCAGAUGGAGAGCAGCCUGGAACUGUCGGCCAAGGACGCGCUCCUCGUCAGCGCAAAAACGGGCAGAGGCGUCGGCGACCUCUUGCCAGCCGUCGUCGAGAGGAUUCCGCACCCGAUCGGAGACGAGAAGAAGCCGCUCAAGUUCCUGCUCGUCGACUCUUGGUACGACAACUUCCGGGGCGUCGUGCUGCUGGUGCGCGUCUUUGACGGCGUCGUUCGAGCGGGGGAUAGUGUCGUCUCGCUGGGCACGGGCAUGAAGUACACGAUCGGCCAAGUCGGCAUCCAGUACCCAAACGCGACGCCCCAGAGCGUCCUGCGCGCGGGCCAGGUGGGAUACGUCUACUUCAACCCGGGCAUGAAGAAGAUUCAGGACGCCAAGCUGGGCGACACGUUCACCACAGUAGGGAGCGAGGACAUCGUUGAGCCGUGUCCGGGCUUCGAAGAGCCCAAGCCCAUGGUGUUUGCCGCCGCGUUCCCCACCGACCAGAGCGACUAUGGUCGGCUUGCCGACAGCAUCACCCAGCUCGUCCUCAACGACCGCAGCGUCACGCUGCAAAAAGACUUUUCAGAGGCGUUGGGUGCCGGAUGGCGACUCGGCUUUCUUGGCAGCCUCCACUGCUCCGUGUUCCAGGACCGUCUGAAGCAGGAACACGGCCGGAGUGUCAUCAUCACGGAGCCGACGGUGCCUACCAAGAUUGUCUGGGCCGAUGGGUCCGACGAGGUCGUGCAGAACCCGGCCCUGUUUCCAGACGCUUCGAAUCACCGGAUUCGCAGUGCCGGGCUGUUCGAGCCCUUUGUCAGGGCCACCGUUACCGUGCCGAACGAGUAUCUCGGACGAGUCAUCGAGCUGUGCGAAGCCAACCGCGGAGAGCAGAAGAGUCUUGAGUUCUUCGACGCGCAGCAGGUCAUCCUGGUAUACGACAUCCCGGCCGCGCAGCUAGUGGAAGACUUGUUUGGCAAGCUCAAGGGUGCUACCAAGGGCUAUGCGACGAUGGACUACGAGGAUGCCGGAUGGCGCGAGAGCAAGCUCGUCAAGAUUCAGCUGCUCGUCAACAAGCAGCCGGUGGACGCCAUCUGCCGAGUCGUCCACGCUUCGCAGGCGGAGCGCAUCGGUCGCCUAUGGGUCACCAAGUUUAAAGAACACGUCGAUCGACAGAUGUUUGAGGUCGUCAUCCAAGCCGUCGUCGGCAACAAGAUUGUGGCGCGCGAGACCAUCAAGCCGUUCCGCAAGGAUGUGCUAGCCAAGUUGCACGCGAGCGACAUCACGCGACGGCAGAAGUUGCUGGAGAAGCAAAAGGCGGGAAGAAAGCGACUCAAGGCCGUGGGCAACGUCGUCAUUGACCAGUCGGCGUUUCAGAGUUUUCUGUCUAGAUGA